UUCUAGAAUUGACUCCUGAUUUAGUUCUGUUCUGUUUAGUUCCAUUCCACAGGCCGGCAAGGGACCUGUGUUCCGCUUCCAGUGGUCUACACCAAGAACUGAAGGGCUGAAGAGAAAGAGACGAUUUAUUGUCCAGCACAGUGGAAUAUACUGGACACAGUGGCUCCUGAGACCAACAACAGCCCCGUCAUCUCAGCCUCUUCUUCCCUUCUUCCUCCUGCUGUGUGUGUCAGUCUGUCUUGAUCGUGAAGUCUUUUCCCCUCCUCUUUUCUAUCUACCAUCUCUUCUUCAGUCUGGGUCUACUUUCCACUGUCUCUGUCAUACCCUACCUGCAGUAUCACUGAGCUAUCUGGUGACGGAGUAAAGACAGUAUGUGUUGCACGGGGAAGUGUUCUCGUCUGGUGGGCCUGAUCCUGUUGCCCUCGGCGUUCGCCUGCAUCAUCUCCAACAUCCUCCUGUUCUUCCCCGACGGAAAGCAGCAGGACAGCAGUCAUGUCUCCCUGCAGGUCUGGCUCAUGGGUGGCCUCAUCGGAGGGGGAAUAUUCAUGCUGUGCCCCAGCUGUUCGGCUAUCAGGGCCGGGGGUAAGGGUUGCUGCGGAAAUGGUUGCUGCGGAAACCGUUGCAGAAUGCUGAACUCUGUCUUCUCGGCUGCUUUUGGUUUGGUCGGAGCGAUCUACUGCACCAGUGUCUCUUCAGCGGGACUGGCCAUUGGACCUAAAUGUCAGGUUGCUAGUGGAAAAUGGGAAUACCCCUUUGAGGACCUACCAGGUGGGAACAGCAGUUACCUGUUUGACCACUCCCUGUGGGACCUGUGUGUGAUCCCUGCCAAUGCGGCCCUGUGGCACCUGGUCCUCUUCUCCAUCACGCUGGGCCUGGGGGGCCUGCAACUCAUCCUCUGUGGCAUCCAGGUGGUCAACGGCUGCAUUGGCUGCUUCUGUGGGGACUGCCGUGAUGACAAGGAGGAUGAUGGUGGAUUGUGAGAUGGAGAGAGAGAAGAAGUAGAGAGGACUGCCCUGCAAUGCCACAGCCUAUGUUCAUGACAACUAGUGCUGAGCGAUUAGUGCUUUUUCAGGUCGGUUCAGUUUCGGUUCGAUUAUAAAAAAUGAUCACGUUUUUUGAUUUUGCGUUCGAUUAUACAAUACACUAUACGUUAUGUGUGUUGAACAACACAGAAUCAAACAAUGAAUAGAAGUCCCAUGAUGGUAGUGACUGUCCAUUACUGCUUAUCACUUAUUAACUAUAAUUUAUUCACUUUAAUAAAAUAUUUCAGUUGUUGUGUAUAUUA